AGCCGAGAGCCAGCGCGCAGGCGGGCUCAGCCCCGGCGGCCGGCUCCGCCCCCUGGGGCGGCUGGCCCCGCCCUCUCCCAGGCCCCGCCUUCCCCCACGUGUCUGCCGCCUAGGGGAGGCGCCUGAGCCGGAGCGGGCUGGCUACCGGACCCCGUCGGCUCCCAGGGUCCUGUCCGCGGCCCCCGGAGCGGUCCGGCACCCCGAUGCUCCCGCCCCGGCCGCCGCGGGCCGGGCUGUGCAUUUAGUGCCCCGCUCUGGCCCUUUAAAGUGCCGGCGGGGGAGGGAGCGGCCUCGGCCCCGCGGAGACGGAGCGGCUGGAGGACGAGGCGGCGGCCGCGGGGAGGAGGAUGGGGGCUAACCAGUUGGUGGUGCUCAACGUGUACGACAUGUACUGGAUGAACGAAUACACCUCAUCCAUCGGAAUUGGAGUAUUUCAUUCAGGAAUUGAAGUUUAUGGCAGAGAAUUUGCAUAUGGUGGACAUCCUUACCCAUUUUCUGGAAUAUUUGAAAUUUCCCCAGGAAAUGCUUCUGAACUGGGAGAAACAUUUAAGUUUAAAGAAGCUGUUGUUUUAGGGAGCACUGACUUCCUUGAAGAUGACGUAGAAAAAAUUAUAGAAGAACUGGGAAAAGAAUACAAAGGCAAUGCCUAUCAUUUGAUGCAUAAAAACUGCAAUCACUUUUCUUCAGCUUUCUCAGAGAUCCUUUGUGGGAAAGAGAUUCCUCGCUGGAUCAAUCGACUUGCCUACUUCAGCUCCUGUAUACCCUUUUUACAGAGUUGCCUCCCAAAGGAGUGGCUCACUCCUGCAGCCCUGCAGUCUAGUGUCAGUCAAGAGCUCCAAGAUGAACUGGAGGAAGCAGAGGAUGCUGCCGCAUCCGCUUCCAUGGCAAGCUCUGCAGCAGGCUCCAGACCCGGGCGCCACACUAAACUAUAAAUGUCUCCAAAGUCUCACAUUCAGAACUGUCUCUGGCAGUUGACUAUCACUAGAGAAAAGUAAGAGUGAAAAUGUCCUUUAGAUAUUUUGUAUGCAAAGAUGGCUCUCCCCCAAAUCCCAGUUUUUUCAGCUCAGGAUUAUAUUUGUAAUCAAAAAUAUCACUUGGCGCAGGAGGGAGAACUUUGUAUAAAGCUGCCCUCUGUUUUUUUUACCCACUUGUAAAUUUGGAUUUACUUCUUCUGGUUUAUACAAACUCCAUUUAAGUUAUGUUUACAGUAUUUUGUAUCGCUGUUUACAAAUCUUGCAUGGACUCCUGCCUCAGUGAAAGAAGAAAAUCUUCAUGUCUUCAGAAAGUAGGCAGGUUAUAUCUUUAUACACUUCUGACAAUUGCCAGAGCUGUGGCAUAAAUAAUAGGCACACAAAAGGGUACUUAACACCGUUAUAGUCACCAUUGCCUGCUUAAGAAUUGUCUUUUAGGUCUGUUUGUUUUUGUUAACAUUUUGGCACCAGGAUGUGGAGAGGAAGGCACAUACAUAUAGCCCUGAGGGCUUGGGACCCGGGUUAGCAUGAGAGGUGGCCUACCCCUGAGCCUGGUUCCUCUUCUAGCACUUUUAUCCUAAGUAGCACAUCCCCUCAGGUUCCAGUGGAAUGGUUGCUUUCUUAGAAGACUAAGCACGGUGGCACAUUCCUGUGUCCAUCUGGCUUUGAUGCCUCUGAGUCUGUAAUUACUACUUUUUGUUUAUUUGUUUAAGAGACUAUCGCUAGUAACUGACAAGAGUUUUUGCACAUUGUUGGGGGCCUCGUUUUUUUUUUUUAAUACAUGUUAAUAUCCUCUCUGCACCUCAUUUUAUUUGUGGGAAAGGAAUAUCCUAAGUUAUAGCCCUCUGAGUAGCAGUAUGAGCUGACAUUCAACUGCUUUUAACUAUCUAGGCUACCUUUUAUACUAGACCAUGAAAACCGGAGUCUCCAAUAUAACAAACUCCAAAAAUGUAAUUCUUUGAUAUUUGAAACAUUUUAUAUACCACAUCACAAAGAAUAUAUUGAAGUUUGGUGGUUUGUUACGGGAAUAAGAUUCACCUCAUGAUAAAAAGCCUGGUCCUAAAGACCUCUUAUUAAAAAGUCAUAUUCACAUAUCAGAAUUUUUUUUUUUUUUUACUGUUUUCUCCGGUGUAUGUCAUAUAAAAAAACUCUGAGAACAAAAUUGUCACCACAGAUCACACCUCAUUAGCAAGGAACCUUGUCUAUUCAAGUCUACUCCCAGUUUGACCCUUGGAUGUAAGAGCCAAGUCAUUACAUGUCAGUUCAAUUUUUCUGCCUUAAGAAUGAAUGUCCUACGUAAAAUAUUGGAUGCAGUGUAUAAAUUAUACAAGGCAGUGUCUUCAGCUUUAUAUAUAGAGAGAGAGAUUGUUAGUUUUAAAGUCAUCUACUUUUAUUUAAACUUCUAGAUUGGAUUGUUUGCUAUUGCUCUUUGUAAAGAUUCAUAUCUUUCAGUAAACUACAUUUUUAACUUUUUCAUAAGCUGAUUUUGGUUCUUUAUAUCAACUUAAGCACACCCUGUUAAAGGGGAAAAUAAACGUUGGGCUUUAAGCAUUGACCUAUGUUAAAUGAAGCCACUUAACCUAAUUUAUGCUUUUGACUGUUCUGUAUAUGGGGAGGAAAGCCUUUAUAGAAAUUAUUCUGUUUUUGGGGGUGGAGCGGGGGCGGGGCUGGGGGAGAAUGCAAAACAUAUGACAGGAAAAAAAAUAUGUGGUCGUGAAAAGCAGACUUGGUUUGGGCCAAAAAUGAGAUUUAGACUAAAACACUAAGAUUCUAGCUGUGAAUUUACUAACAGUCCUAUUCCCAAAACCCAAGUUAGUGAAAAGUGUUUAAUACCGUUUUCUUGGUAUUUUUUUUACAUGAAUUACUGAUUUUUUCUAAUCCAUGCAGAUAAUACAUGACUUAAUCUAGGCUACUGACAUUUCAAAAAGUGGCCAUUCAUUAGAAACUUGCUGGUGAAUAUCCAGGAAUACUCCAUCUGUGCUUAUCCAGAAUUCACCUCUAUACACAAUUGAUUUUUCUGUUGUUUUUAUUUUUUUGCAUUCACUUUCAUCUGUGGUUUGGAGUUUUAAAAUAGUAUAAAGGAUAUUAGUAAAAAAUAAAUAGUGGCCUGAGGAUUAUUAUUAUACUAAUAGUAAGCAAAUUAAAUUCUAAACAUAAGAUUGUUUUUCAAUUUUUUUACAUCUAAGGCUGAGAAGAUCUUUAGAAAAUCUCGCUUAAGAUGGUUCUUUCUCUGAGUUCAGAAUUGAGAAUGGAUUUCAUUAAUUAGCACUUAACCAGCUUUUCCUUGCCUUGGAGGGAAUGAAUCUUGUUCUCAACCUGAUCUCUGUUUAAAGACAAGUCCUGUGUUCUAAGUUAGGUUAUUAAGAGAGAUGUAAUAGAAUGGAGUCAGACAUUUUCUCUUCAUCCUUGUAACCAAGUGAAACCUAUUUCUCAUGGUGGGUUGGGUCAGAAGCUGCUGGUUUUCUACUGUUUGUUUUUAAUGCCCUGGGGCAAUGGGGUGUUGCUUACCCUAAGAAAGGGGCCUGUGGAAUUACCGAAGAUGGUGGCACAAUAAUAGAGCCACCACUUGAUGCCUGAAAUCCAGCCAACUAUUGCUCUGACCCACAGCAAUAGUGCAAGUUACCUUCACCAGCAUUUGUACACAGCAGGGAAUUCUGGUUUUAGCUAAUUGAGUGUUGUGUGUGUGAAGAAAUUUACAAGUAGAGACAGCUGCAGAACUCUAUAUCCAUGGCUUCUUUCCAUCAUAAAACGGGUAGAAACACUUUCACUGCUUCAGGGCUCUCAUCUGUGUCUUCUUAAGACUCCAUUGCUCUAAGAUACUCUGUAAUUUUGAAACAUGCUGUAUUUUAUUUCCGUAACUUAAUUUAACAGACUUGGGUUUUGUUCAGCAAGCUGGUCAUACUGCCAUUGAAGCCCCUUCUCUAAGAUGGUUUUAGAGAACAGCUUAGUUACUAGAUUUUCAUUGUCUGCUUAAUCACCUCAUGUACAUCUUCACUGUUUGAAAGGUGUUACAGCUGUUAAAGAAUCUUCAUGAAUCUGAAGAUAAUUUCUUGUGAAGUUGAAUAUAAAUGUACUGUCGUUCAUAGUGUUUAUAUAAAAAAAAAAUACCAGGAAUCUUCACUUUUGCUACCUUGAUACAGCAUUGAGUUAUCAUGUUAACAACAUUGAAAUACAUCGAUUUAUUAAAAAAAUACUUUUC